AUGCGACUCACCAACUGUAGAAUUCAAGCACCCGGGCGACGAUGUCGCCUAGUAGGAUUCAUCAGCGAAGUCAUCAGCGACGUUAGAAACGAAGUCAGCAUCAAGGUCAGCAGCGAGAUCAUCGUCGAGUUUCUCUGGAUCCACAAGUACGAUGAUGAGAUGUCAGGAUCCUUUAGAAGGAAAGAACCUACACGUGCGCAGAAAGACUCUGUCAUCGAAGCUAAAAAUAAACUUCGUGUAAAUCACGAUGAAAGUUGCAAUUGUUGUUGUUGUUGUGUGCCUCAAAAUGCAUGCCUUAAAUACGUGCAACCAAAAGUACCCAAAUCUUUUGCCCCGCUCCGUUACUAUUGGCGAUCGAAUAUUCCUAUGGAUAAAAACACAACCUAUCAGCUGUCGUAUUGGGAAUGUCCCAGCGUGACCGUGGAACCAGUUCGACUGCAGAAUUGGUUAACCACCGGCGAGGGUGAAAUAUCCGACAAAACGACAUACAAAGAUAGUUACUUUGGUAAUUGGUGUAUGAAGACUGAACCCUCUAUUACACCGUGCUCGAAACAGUGGCUUGGCAGAGGUCCCCUGCAAUCCGUUACUACUCAAAAACAUGACUAUUCAUGGAAGUCCGUGGAGCCGGUUCAACCCUUCAAAGCGCAGCAAAACUUGUACUGUGCACCGGAACCGAUACACGAUGACACUACGUACAAUUUGAGCUACUAUCAAUCUAAUUGCCACUUGCCUGCCUUGUCUUACGCUCCUGUGCGAAAAUAUGCUAAACCGGACGUUCCAAUGGAGGACUGCACGACUUACAAGCUCAGUUAUUGGCCGAGCGAUACUCCCAUGAAAGAAGAACAGCCAUGGUACACGAAAAGAGUGUUCACGCCACCUGUGGAGCCAGUGGAUGGUUGCACCACUUACAAAUUGAGCUAUUGGCCACACUGCGAGAAGAGACGUCCGCCCGCGAUAAUCGAGGAAACCGAUAACAUAUUAAACGCUGGUUGUUGCUCGGAUAAUAACACCACUUAUCGUCUCAGCUACUUUGGCUGCGAAGGAGGCAAACGGGACCCGAUUCGACAGCCUAAUAAUAUUCAUUUCUCGUCUUGUCCCGCUGCUUACGACACUGUCAAUCGAAUGAGUUUCUUAGGGAAUUGGUGCGUGAAACCGGAAGCACCGAUAACACCCUGCAGCAAGCAACUGUUGGGCAGAGGACCCAUGCAAGAAGUAACUACACAGAAACAUGACUAUACGUGGAAGCAAACGCCAGUGGAAACGGAGAUUCGCCCCGAGGGCAACCUCAUUUUCCCGGAUACCUGCAUGGAAUGCUGCACGACUCACAGGCUGUCUUAUAUACCCAAUGGUUGCAAACCUUUGACGCCCGUUCAAUCGUUCGCGCCACUACGCAAAUAUAGCUCACCGGAUGUUCCAAUGCUGUCUGAAACUACGAUGCAACUGAGUUACCAGCCCGUUGACUCUACGAAUCAAGUAGAAAAACCGUGGAGCCGAAGGCCAUGUUAUUGUCCUCCUGUUACUCCAAUGGAGGAUAAUACAACAUACAACAACAGGUUCUUUCUAAUUUUAUUUCGUUUCACUACACCGUCGCUACUUUCUUCCUCCGUGAUCGGGGGAAUCGUUAUUAUGGAAGGAAGGGAAUUAAUUCACCACGCGAUCCACGAGUGUGUAUAA